AUGAAGUCUUCCGGGAGAACGUCUUUGCUUGGACUUGCAGAUGAAGGGGUUCAGCCACAGAGUUCAAACACUAUGCAGAGGAGUAAUUUUGGAGCUCAGCCUGUUCAGAGGGAUACAAUUGGUGAUGGGAAGUUAAAUUUUGCAGAGGACAAAGAAGCAAUGGUUCUAUAUUCAAAGAUGACGGACCAAAAAGACGAGAUUCAGAUGCUCCGUAAACAGAUUGCUGCUGCCGGAGUGAGGGAACUCCAACUAUUGAGUGAGAAAUAUGCGUUGGAGAGGAAAUUUUCCGAGUUAAGAAGGGCAAUUGAUGAUAAGCAGAAUGAAGCUGUUACAGCUGCUUUAAAUGAAUUGGUUCGUAGAAAAGGUGAUCUUGAAGAAAACUUCAAAUUGGCUCACAACUUGAAGUUGGUAGAUGACGAGAGGUAUAUUUUUGUGUCUUCUAUUCUUGGCUUGUUGGGUGAACAUGGAAUUUGGCCCCAUGCUGUGAAUGCCUCUGCUAUAUCCAACAGUGUGAAGAACCUGCACAAUGAGUUGCAGUGGAAAAUUAAGUCUUCACAUGAGAGAAUCAGAGAGUUGACUUCCACUGUGGGAUCUCAAAUGGAGAGUGGAAAUCAUGACAAAGAUAACUUUGGCCCUGGCAUUCUGACUGGUCAAGUUCAUCAUCAAUCCAUGGGCCACAAUACGAAUCAUCACAAUUUCAUAGAACCAAGUGAUAAUAUGCUAGGAAGGAUGCCUCAAAAUAAUAUUGCAGAAGGGCCAAGUUCAUUGCUUGAUAAUGACAGGCAACCACAGCCUUAUAACAACAAUUUUCAGGAAUUUGAAUUCAACCAUGAUAGUUUUAAUAAAGGUCUCAAUGUGAGAGCACAAGAGAUGACCAAAGACUUGCGUCCUCCUUCCAACGGAGAUCAUGAGAUGACUUCAUCCGUUUCUGAUGAUCGCCCUGGCAUAGAAGGGUUCCAGAUUGUUGGAGAAGCUGCACCUGGAGAAAGGCUCCUUGGUUGUGGAUACCCCGUACGAGGUACCUCCCUCUGCAUGUUUCAGUGGGUUCGUCAUCUUGAUGAUGGAACUAGGCAGUACAUUGAAGGAGCCACAAAUCCAGAAUAUAUAGUGACUGCUGAUGAUGUUGAUAAGGUUAUUGCUGUUGAGUGCAUACCAAUGGAUGAUCAAGGCCGUCAAGGAGAAUUAGUGAGGCUUUUUGCAAACGGUCAGCGCAAAAUAAAAUCUGACCCAGACAUGCAAUCAGAAAUCGACGCAUUCAUAUCCAGUGGGGAAGCUUCGUUUAGCGUCCUAUUGCUGAUGGACUCUUCUGAGAACUGGGAGCCAAUUGAUCUAGUUUUGCAACGAUCCGGAUACCGUAUGAAGAGUAAAAUCACAGAUGAACCAAUUUUCGCUGAAAAAUUCUCCAAGGACCUAUCAAUAAAAAUCCCUUCUGGCUCGACGCAGUUCGUUUUGACGAGCUCCGACGGGACAUCUUUUCCCCUCAGCACAUCGACUGUUCGGAUGCGAGAGACUCUUGUCCUGACCUUGAGAAUGUUCCAGAGUAAGGCUUUGGAUGACAAGAGAAAAGGGAGAGCCUGA